AUGUUUUAUGGAAGCUUCAAUAAAUGCGUGACUGGCUAUAGUUGUCGGAUGGCAAUCCAUUAUUAUGUAUACCGUAUUAUUAAGAGUGCAACUAGGCCCGACUAUAAAUCUAACACUCAGAUCCUUGUACUGUAA